AUUCAGCACCAUGCAGCGUGCCAGGACGGCUCUGCAGCUUCUCAUCACCUCCACGACAUGUCAUUUUCCUCCUCAUCUUCGCCAUUUUCACCAUCCCCACCGUCAUCUCCAGGAGAUGCGCUCCGUGGGGAUCGUUGGAGCGCCUUUCUCCAAAGGACAGCCCCGGGAUGGUGUGGAGCUCGGACCGGAUGCGAUCCGCGCCGAGGGACUCGUACGUAAACUGCAGGCGCAAGGCUGCGUGGUGAAGGAUUACGGCAACUUGACAUUUGAGGACGUGCUGCCCGACGAGCCAGUGGGGCGGGUGAAACAUCCCCGGGCGGUGGGCAAUGCUAACCUGAGGCUGUCAGAGGCGGUGCGGGCGGUGAAGCGCAAUGGACACACGGCGGUCGUGCUGGGCGGAGACCACAGCCUGGCCAUUGGCUCUGUCCACGGGCACGCGUCAGCUGUGGGGGACGUGAGCCUGGUUUGGGUGGACGCCCACGCCGACAUCAACACGCCGCUGAGCACGCCCACGGGAAACAUGCACGGCCAGCCCGUGUCCUACCUGCUCCAUGAGUUGCGCCCAAAGAUCCCAAUCCUGCCCAACUUCUCGUGGAUGAGUUCGUGCGUGUCGGCCAAACAUUUGGUCUACAUCGGCCUGAGAGACCUGGACCCCGAGGAGCAUUACUUGCUGAAGCUGGCGAGCGUGAAGGCCUUCUCCAUGACACAGGUGGACGCUCUGGGCGUCGGCCGAGUGAUGGAGGAGACGUGCGACUUCCUGUGUAAAGACGGGGCCAGGAGGCCGAUCCACCUGAGCUAUGACGUGGACGCCUUGGAUCCGGCCGUCACCCCGGCGACAGGGACGCCCGUGCCGGGCGGCCUCACCUACAGGGAGGGCGUGUACAUCGCAGAACACAUCGCCAACACCGGGCUGCUGUCGGCAGUGGACGUGGUGGAGGUGAACCCUGCGGUGGGCGUGUCGGAGCAGGAGGUGCGGCGCACGGCCAGGGCCGCGCUGGACGUUCUGCUGGGCUGCUUCGGACGCCUGAGGGAGGGGAACCACCCGGAUGAGUUCUGCCUGCCUGACGCGUGACGACUGCAAAAGCGAGGCCCCGCGCCCCUUUCUGCAUUUCCUCACAAUCCUUCAAGUCUCGCUUAAGGUCCUACGUUUUUUCCUCUUGACUUAAAGAACCUGGUCCAAGCUUUGUGAUUUCCAAGCACGUCAAAGGUGCUUGUCCAAGAGUGACAAAUUCUUCACUUGAUUA